CAUCUCUCCCCGCUCCAGUAUAACCCCCCCAAGCCUCCGGCGGUCACACACAAAGUGUAAAAGUGGCAGCAACUGUUACCCGGACUAACCCACCCGGCAUCCACAUCCCACAGCGCGUGAGACGGCCUCAGUGAGCGCCGAGCGGAAAAAAAGUCAGAGGAGAGGCGGAACUUUUACGCGCGAUCCUUUUUUUUUUAGUCGGGAUUGUUUUUGGGCGCCUCUUGUUUCGGACACUUGUCUGCACUUUCUACCUGGUGGAUAUUUAUUUUUCUGCAUUCAUUUCAGCACUUAAAUGGCAGCUCUAUGUACGAUUCCCUCGCACCUGUUACUGCUGAUUUUACACAGUUUCCUGGGUGCUGCAUCAGUCAGGAUCAUCAGAGGUGGCUAUGGGAGCGAACGGGACAGCUCGAUUCAGCCCUCUCCGGACCCGUCCUCCGAUGAGCUGCAGGACAUGCUCUCCCGGCACAUGGCAAAGUUGUACGAGAAAUACAGCAGGGAAAACCGCCUCAGAGAGGGAAACACCGUGAGGAGUUUCAGAACCAUCCAAGACUCCUCUGAGGAAAUGACGGUGUACACACUGAACCUAACCACCCUUCAGGAUUCAGAGGUCGUCCUCUCCGCCUCAUUCCACUUCCUGCUCAAUCGGCGCCCUCAUCAAAAGCCCUGGCUCUGUAAACGCCUUAAACGCCAGUCCUGUCGCUCCUCAGCCGUCCGCCCUUCUGCGUCCGUCAGCCUGCUCCUUCGCGCUGUGUCCUCUGAGUCAGAGGUCAGACCUGGGUCAAUGGGGUCCCUUCUAGCCAAUGUGACCUUCCACCCCCACAGGAGAGGGGUGUGGCAGAUGAAAGAUGUGACCGAGGCCAUAAAGGAAGCCAGAGACAAGGGUCAUCUCGUGGUGUCAGUGGAGUUGGACUACCAGAGGAAACCAGAGGGGGUGCUGCCUGGUGGGAGCCUGCCCUAUCUGUUACUGUAUGCAGACGACCAAGCCUUGGCAGAGCCCAACAGCGUGGCCGCAAGCCUCCAGAGAUAUGACCCGUUCAACGACAGACCUAACUCCUCACCAGAGACAACAAAAGGACGAGGGAGAAGGGAAGCAGCUCCGCUCUCUGACACCAUCCAGAACAACGAGCUGCCAGAGGUUGACCACUGGCCCGACAGGUACAGAAAGGAAGACCUCUGGGAGAGCACUUGGUACCUGGCACUUAAGCCUGAAUCAGGAAGGAAGGAAAAGAAGAGAAAGAGCCAGAAGGAAGAUGGAGCGGAUCAAGGCAGAGGAGAGCUUGAUAAAGAAGACCCUCUUGUUCUCAGAGAAGGAGAAAGAGAUGCAGAGGGGCUCAAAGCCGAUAACUCAGCCGAGAAAAAAAUGAAGGACAGUCGCAGGCUGACCACUAGUGACGGACUUAAGCAUGAAUGGAGAAAAGAGGGAAUGGGUGGGGAAUUGCACAAGGCGAACGCUAACUCUGAGUCCCCUGUCCUGAGUUUUGAUGAACAAACAAUGCGCAAGGCCAGGAGGAGGCAGUGGGGCAACUCCCGGAACAGAGGCUGCUCCAGGAGGAACCUCAGAGUUGAUUUUGCAGAUAUUGGCUGGAGCCAUUGGGUUAUAGCACCCAAGGCCUUUGAUGCCUACUACUGUGCUGGCACAUGUGGCUUCCCCAUGCCCAAGCAGACGAUGCCGUCCAACCACGCCACCAUCCAGAGCAUAGUCCGGGCCGUCGGGAUCAUCCCUGGAGUUCCCGAGCCCUGCUGCGUUCCAGAAAGGAUGAGUCCACUGGCUGUGCUCUACCAGGAUGAAUCCAGGAACCCGGUGCUCAAGGUUUACCCCAAUAUGUCCGUCCUGUCCUGCUCCUGCAGAUAGGAAGGGAUGGUCAAUGUCGGCGCAGGACCAAACGGGGCGAAUAUGGAGAGAAAGAAGAAUAGUGCAAAGGGAGACAUAAGCAUGACUCCGUUUUUUAAAGGGGUUUCAUAAUUCUGAUGAACAAAGUCACUUUGGCUGAUGUUAUUCCCGUAGGAAACAUGGGCUGUAGAGAAUUCACUUCCACCUCUGUUGCCUUGCAGGCAGCAGACCUGAAGGGGCACAUUGUCUGGCGUCUGGCUUAGCAAGAGGAACAGUGUCACGCGUGUAAAGUCAUGGCUCCACAUGUCUGGGGGACUCAGUUUUCUUGGUUCUGUGUUUGAAAUAAUAUUGAAGACAGGACCCUUUAUCUCUUUUAUCUCAGAAUGUAGGCGCUUUUCAAGCAGGUCACAACGACUUUGUGUUCAUGUUUUCUUUGGACACGAAGGCUAUAAAAAAGACUUUAUCAAAGUGUCAUCGGGCAGCUUACUCAAUCUCACUCAGAUGACAGAGAUUACAAAGAGUCUUUUUGCAUUUUUGCAUACUGUGCACAUCUGUUCAUACUUUUAAACAAAUCACAGUCAACAUUGUAAAUACAUACAAUGCUUGUACAUCCUUGCUUUGUGUAUCUCUAAAAGGAAAUAUGGAGGAGAGCAUCUGCAAUUCAUUCACACCCAACAACACCCUAAUAAAACUUCAAAAAUAUUAUAAGGAAACCAGAGAUAUUUUUGUAUUUUGAUGUGAAACUUGGUUAAAAAUAAUUUGUGAUGGUUACUAGGUUAUGUAUUACGAUAUUUUAGACAAGGUGGUAUUUUGUACUUGUGUAUUGUUUAAAUUAUGAAAAAGAUACUUAUAUAAAUUAGAAUAAAAAAGUAAUUUAAUCCAAUGAUCGUGCUAUAAUAAUAUUGUUGCAUACACUUUUGUGUUAUUGUUGUUCAUUAUGCGUAUAACGUUUGGUUCUGGGAGGGGGGUUCACUGUUCCAAAUAACUUUGUACAAUAGCAGGAAGGUUUCACUCAAAGGCAACGUUCCCCUAAAGCGCCUUGAACUCAUCUUUACCCCAAACCAAAGGCUCAGGCUCGGUUGACAAGGGAAUCUCGUGGCUGAUGCAGCUGUCGCGGAUUAAUGGUUGAUGGAGGAAGCAGGCAAGCACCUAUUAGGACGUCAGCCACUUCAACAUCAAAACAUUGUGAACUUCCCUCAUUUCUACUCCUUUCUUUUCAAACAGAUGGUUUCACGCAGAUUUCAACCACUUUCAAUCAAGUGCUCACAAGAGGAAGAAGGUGGCCUCUGUGGUGACAAACUGACAGUGAAAUGACAGUGUGAGCCUUUUGGUUAUUGUCUCGUUACUCAUUGGCUGUUCUGCCUUUAGCCUGCAGAAGUAUCACAUAUGUUUAAAACAACAGAUUGGACAGUAAUUUGGUCUCGAAGAGAGAGACAUUUUAUAAUUUCAUUUCAACAAAAGGAACACAAGGUUGAGCCCUCAUACUGUUUAUUACAGACCAGAAUAAAAUGUUUUUUUGGCUUGCAGUUCUGCAUGGCGUCAUUGUUUUAAUCAAUAAAAACAAAUAGUACUUAACAAAUCAUGUCCUAACCUUAUAAAACUAACAGGCUGCCACAGUAUGUGUUUUAUUUUAUUAAUUUGGUUGAAUACCUUCUGCGAGCAU